AUGGAUCGACCAAAAGACCUUUCACAAAGCAUUACUAAGUUGCCACAUUCAUUGUCGUCGAGUAAACCACUAGCGGUCACCGUACAUAACAAAACUGGCACCGCUCUUGGUUAUUUUAUUUCGAGGGCCGCUCCCGGUUUGAUACCAGUAGUUGUUAAAACAACAAAGCUAUUCCCUAAAAAAAAAAUUAAUCGAAAUCAUACUAGUAGAAAGGAAGAUGUUGUUCACCGUCACAAUUCACCCCCAUCUCUGAGUUCUUUUGAUGCGAGUUCGAAUUCCUUGACUCCCACUACAAGACGUGGUUCCAGAUCUUUAAAUGCGGUGGAUUUAGAAAGUGGUAAAGGUCACAUCGAUCAUCAAAGGCGUCCCUCUGAACCUACCCCUCUACGAUUAAAUAAUAUCAUGAUCGAUGAUGAUGGUAAUUUCAAACCUAUACAACCUCGGGGUGUGCCUGCGAUCAAUGUUCACGAUUUCGAUGAUGUCGUGAGCUCGCGAGAGAGCUUAUUUUACUCGGUCGAUCACUCCACCACUUCAAUGUCAAAUGUUAACAUUAUUAAAGAAGGUUAUCUAAACAAAAAAAUCGAUUUCGAUUCGAAAAUUUCUUCAACCUCACGCGGUUGGAAAGUUUAUCGUGUCAUUUUAAGAGGAUCAAAAUUAUAUUUUUAUAAACCUCCUUCUGAGACAGUUUUAAAAACUUUUUUUCCAAAUAAUAAAGACGUACCGAUGGGAAAGGAUAUUUCUUCAACACUUUCUCCUGUCAUAGCGAACGAACGCGGCAUGAAUCUUAAUCCUUCCAAUUUUGAAUCUAAUACCGCGAAAUUGAUCUUUGAAGGUGGGUCAAAUCCUUCCCUCAGUGGAGAGGUUCGAUUGAUCCCCCCGCUGAUAUCAAAGUAUUAUUACGGUGAAAUGUGUCAUGAGGUGGAUCGUUCGGUCGUUAUGAGAUUCAAGAAGCACGUAUGUUUGCUCAUAUUUGAGGACAAUAUAGUGAUUUGUAAACGUAAGUGGGUGAGGUACACCGCUAAUUUUAGACCUAUAAUGGAUGCGAUGGGAUUUGGUGGUGGAAAUCAUUCCUCGGUAAAUGUCUCCUCUUCAAAUGUCGGAGCUGAAUUCGGUGGUCAAGAUGUUGAUACGAGAAGCGUUAGUAGCACGCGUGGCAUCCCUGAUAAUGAUGGUUCAACAACGAAUAAGGGGAAGGGUUAUUAUACAAAAUGGAAGCUCGAUUCCCGUUAUUCAAUUCAUAGCGUUGAGGUCAUUCCGGAUCCAAAAAUUCCGAUUUAUUCUCCUUAUAUCGCCCCUUCUUCACAACCCUCUUAUUACAAUUCUACAAACAGGACAAAUGAUAUUGAUACUUCCUCGCUUCAUUCUGCUUCUUCCUCCGUUUCCCAUGUUGCAAAUGCUACCCCUUCCUCUGGUGUGAUCCUUAAUUUAAAUAUAACUGAUGGUCUUGGUAAGGAUAGUUAUCGUGUUUUCGUCGUACCGAAUGCUGAGGUUAGAUCAAUAUGGAUGGCGAAAUUGUUUGAUGCAAAGAAAGCAAGUUUAAAGAAAUUGAUGUUGCGACAAGGUGGCACCCCGGCCUCCCCUACGUAUGAUCCAGACGCUUACGGAGAUCAACACAGCCCUGUCGGGUCCCAUGAUCAUAAUCUAACCGGCGAGGGCGGGUCAACUGCUGCCCCAGCGAUCAGAAGAAGAGCUUAUUGGGGAACCGAUAAGCAUCCGGAAUUGAUCCUGGGAGAGGUUAUACCUGAACAUGAGAACGUGUCGGCCACUACGUCACCCGUUUACCCGUCACCUCCCGUGGUCGAAUCACAGAGGCUUAUUCGCGGAGGUUCGAUCGAUUCAUUGAUUCAUGAGCUCAUAUUUGAAACUCAGAAAGCUGCUUUGUUUCGUGAAUUGCGUCGUUGUGGUAGCAUGCAAAGUUCCCUUAGUGAUAAUGAUGAACGAAAGAAAUCAAAUGCCAUCAGCAAAAGACUGAUCACCGUUUUAACCACGUGGUGUAAGAGAUAUGGUCGAGAUUUGUCGCGUGAUGAGGUGUACAAUGAGAUGAUGGAAACCGUGGAAGGUUUAAUAAAGGAAGGGAUCGCAGAAGGUGAAGAGUUAAAGAAAUUGAUGCAGGAGACUCGUGACAACCUGCAAAGCGUCGUGGACGACUAUGAGGAUGAAUCAUUGGUUUCUCAUAAGGGUCCUCCAACCCCAUUUUCCUUGGAUCUUUCCAAUUUACUUGUCACAGGCUUAACCCCUGCUCUGUUCUUGAAGAUGAUCCCAGAGGAAUUGGCUCAACAAUUGUAUAUUUAUCAUUUCCUGGAACUUAAAAAGACAAAUCCGAGGCAAGAUCUGAAAAUUUUCGUUCCGUCAAAACCCCGACCGGAUUCACACACAAGAGAGAAUCCAUUGAACGCCAAUCCCUCCGCUCCUCAUUUUGUAACGAGAUUAAUAUACCAUCACAUAUUAAUCUCGACUCAGCAGUCAGCUUAUACCAGUCGUCGACCUCUAUUAUUGACUCAGUGGAUAAAGACCGGCGUAGCAUGCAAAACGUUAUGCGAUAUGACAGGUUGGAUGGCGGUUGCUUCGGCCAUUUGUUCACCUGCCAUUGUACGUCUAAAGGAAACGUGGCGACGCGUUGAUAAGCAGUGGAUCAAGAUUGUUGUCAAGGAUUGGGUUCCAAUCUUAGUCACAUGUGGCGGUGUCAGCGGUGAAGUUGAUAUUGAGAAUGUCAAAGAUUUAUUACUUGUCGUGAAUGAUAAUAAGGAGAAGGGUAAGACGAAACCCAUCCCAUAUUUUGGGUUCAUCACACUCGCUUUGGAAAAGUUGAAUUCCACCGUGCCAGCUAUCAUAGACCGAUCCGCCAAUGACACGACUCGUGUCGGUUCAAGGAAUAAUAGUGUUUCGGGCAGUGUGAUAAAUUUUGAAAAAUACUGGAGAAUGUAUGAUACUAUCGUCGACCCCCUCGCUCAGUGGCAACAAGCUGGAAAUUUCAAUGAGAUCAGUGAAGAUUCUUGUCCUUUUUCACCUUCCUCUCCUAUGCAAAAAUAUUUUCAUCAAUUGAAUUCCGUUCCUACUUCUUCGACCCUUGACACUUGGCAGUUAUUUGAUUCUUCUUUGAGUUGCGAACCAAUACUUCAUGGUCAAUAUUUGGAACAUCAUGCUCGUCAACGAAAAUCUCAUUCUACAUAUUAUCCUUUGGUAUUCACCGAAGUUAUACCGACGAAUCGAUUGUUCAAAAAAAGUGCCUUCUUAAACGCUAGUGGAACUUUAGGGAAGAGGAAUUCUAAUUCUUCAUUAAACCUCGGGGAUACGAAUCCUGCAGUGUCAUCACCUGUACGUUCCAACAUCUCUGGACCCACAACCCUCAAUAUGGACGCGCUACCGGCCUCAACCUCUGGUAAACCGAACUCUCCAAGUCAUCUUUCGGUACAUCCUUUACGUGGUAAUGUUAGGAAGAGGACUCUAUCCUUCCCACUGGCCAGAAUAGGUCCCCUGACUUCCACCACUUGGAAUACCGGGUUGGACCUUGUCACGAGAAAUUGGUUGGGCGGACUUGUUCAGCAUCGCGGAGGUUACACGGUUUUGUUGAAAUGUAUGAAAGAUAUUGCGGGCGUUGGUGAGAUGUUAAUGUUUGUAAAAGAUGGGGAGUUGGUCUUCAAGUCCGUUAGGGAUGCUACCGGGUCUCGUCCUGCAAGUCUGGUGGAAAGUUCUUCCGGAACAGGUUCUAAGCGCAAUUCUACUCAUGGUCUCCUUGCUUUAACUCAACAACAGAAUUCACCACGCACGAGUAUACACGCAAACAGUGAUCACGACGCUCUUAUGGUGGUUGUUAAAGCCGGAACUUUGGAACGUUUGGUGGACGUUUUGAUCAAUGGCGUCGCAUCUUAUAGCACAAGCAUCUACGAUGAUAAUGGCGAACCACCCUUAACGAUCGGAAAACAAGGACAGCUCGGAAUUAAUUCAGAAGAAUAUUUCGCAACUUUCUUUAGCACGUAUCGUAGCUUUUGUGGUCCUAUCUUGCUUCUUGACAUCUUACGAAAACGGUUCAUUAACGCCAAGAAAGUGUCAAAAGAAAUCAACGAAUCUCAAGAUCAAAUCGAAGUAUCACCUAGCCUGACGCGUGAUAAUAUUAGUUUCAAGGCCGAACCCGUGCGUUAUGAUUGGAAUAUGGUUGCUUCAAUUCAAUCAAAAGUAUUAAAAGUAUUUAAUUAUUGGAUUUCGGAAUUCUUUUAUGAUUUCUUGGAUGACUUGACUUUGAGAAAUCGUUUAAUGCAUUUCAUUAAUGAAGCAAAAACUGAAGUGAACAUUUGGUCUGAACUCGUCACGGAGGAGCCUGUAGCAAUCCUAGCUGGGGAGAUUAAAGAAUUUUUAACAUCAUUGAAAAGUUUGGUCACGAUAAAGAGCCUUGAACCGGCAUACGACUUUCCUGAUGAAAAGAUGAUUCGUUUUGUAAAUAAAGUGUUGAGUAAUCCACGUCAAUUAUCGUCCGAAGAGAAUGAUAACAAACCGACGGAAAGUGAUGACAAUUUUGAUGUCCCUUCAUUAGAUAAUAAUGUCGCUUCCGAUCUUUUGGAUAGUUUUGAUUUAACCGUGCUCGGAUUGUUUGAAGUGGUAACACCGCAAGAAUGGAUUUUAGCUUAUGAAAUCCUGGAAACUCAAUCUGCAGACGUCCUUGGCUGGUAUCCGAAAAAGCAAUCUCUUUGGGUUUCAGAAGAUGAAAUCCUUAUCACGGACAUAUUCAUAACCAUACAACAGACAGAACGAAACGGCAACCCUAAAGAGUAUAUCCUUAACUCACUUCCUCGAUCCAUUCAAACCUUGUGUCGUAUGCAUUACACCAUACGUAACUGGGUAAUUCAAGAAAUCACUUCAACAUCUAUCGAAAGUGAGAGACGUGGGAAGCGAAUAACCAAAUUGCUUGAUAUGAUAUUGUUAAGUCGGAAGAGAAUGGAAAAAUUAGACAUUUAUCCCAAAGACGAAACUGCAAAGCAAGAAUUUGAACAUAAAAGAGGAGUUCCCUCCUUUGUUGAGAGCUCAAUAGUUAGCGGUUUAAUUAGUCCAGAGAGUAGGUUAUUCACGAGAGCCUGGAAUGAUGUAGCACAUAGUCGAAAAGGUGGACUGGAUACACUUGACACUUUACUUCAGAUCGAUUCACUAAACAUUGUCGAAGAAGAUUUACAUUCCAAUUUCGCUUUAGUACCAUGCGUCGGUUGGUUAUUUGAAAGGAUGUUGGAAAUUUGUUGUAACGUUCCUGAUAUGUCUUUUGAAUCAGAAAAGUUGAUCAAUUAUGAUAAACGUCGUUACGUAUAUAAUUUGACGCAAAUAUUUGUUCGACUACAACGUGAGUUGAUGGAACGAUCUCAUGAAAGAAAGCCUUCCGUCGAUGUUGGAUUCUUGACAAAUUCACACAGUAUCACUUCCAAGCCGGACCUCCGCUCUAUUAAGGACCAUUCUUACAAGGAGAAUAACGCGAAUGCAACACAAAGAACAACCAAGGUUCCAAAACCGUUUAAUAGACUUGUCGUUGAGCAGCAGGAUAAGAUUAGACGCGACCAUAAAGAAAGAGAUCGUUUGGCCAAAGAUAUACGUGACACUCAGAACAAAUUACAAAAGAAACAAAAUGAACUUGAAAAGCGGUCCAGAACACAUCAAAGACCACGUAAUAAGUCUAGGGUUGAAACCUUUAUUAAACAGGUUGCACGACCCAUCUCUAUUGCUUUGGCAAAUACUUGGCAUGCUGGAAAUUCCACGAACAUUAGAAACGCACCUGGAAAAUCUCAUCACUCGUCUUCUAAAGUCGCACUCGUUAUCAAUUUAAUUAACUCUGAGGCUUCUCCUGAUUAUGGCAUCACACUUGAUUUCGUUUUUCGAAUUGUAACCGAGGAAGGAGGACAAUAUUUAUUCCAAGCUAUCGAUAAUGACAUUAUGAAUGACUGGAUACGAGUUCUCAAUGAAGCGGCCAUAUCAGGGGCGGAAAAACGUAAAACUAUAUUAAAUAAGGAACCAACCAUUGAACCCAAGGAGGAUGAUGUUCCCGAAGAUACCAAAACGCGAAUCUCUGUAUAUGGUAAAGAUUUAGAAACAUUGAUGCCCGAUGGCAAGAUUCCAGUUUUGGUUGAAAAAUGUAUAACCGAAAUUGAAAAGAGAGGUCUUACGGAAGUUGGUAUUUAUCGAAUUUCCGGAGCUACCAACGCUAUUGAGAACCUUCGUACAGCUUUCAACAAGAAUGCCGAUGCUGUCGAUUUGAGUGGUGAAGAGUACAGAGACAUUAAUAUCAUAGCAAGUGCUCUCAAACUCUUCUUCCGUGUUCUUCCUGAACCUAUAAUAACUUAUGAAUUAUACGACGCUUUCGUCGAGGCCGACGGCAUUAAAGAUCAUGAUGAAAAGCACUAUUCUAUUAAGGAACUUUUGAAUAAACUUCCCAAACCGAAUUAUGAGUUAUUGAAAAGAUUAAUUGAACAUUUGGAAAGGGUAACGGAUUUUCAGGAGCUCAACCAUAUGUACGCAAGUAAUUUGGCUAUUGUUUUUGGACCCAAUUUACUCAAAGCUAGAGAUUAUGGAAAAAGCAUGUGCAAUAUAGGUCAUCAUAAUAGCAUCGUCAAAUGUUUGAUUCUUCAAUAUCAUUGGUUCUUUAACGUAGAAGAGGAAGAGGCAUCUGAAGUCGAGUAUCAAGAUGAUGAUCUUUUGGACGAUCCAGAUAUCGAAACUAGUGAACCUGACGGGGGAAAUAUGACGGAUGAUGUUUCAUCAUUUGAAAAUUCUUCGGGGAACGACGGUACAUGGCAAACGAGCGAGACGAAUUACGAUGAACCUAGUAAUUUAAAUAAUGAAUCCGGAAGACGUUCAAUCAAAGAAGAACAUGUUGAAUGCACGCAAGAAAAUUUACAAGAUCCUAUAGAGGAAUCAUCUAAGCAAGGUUCCGAUUCAGAACAACAGCAAAUCAAUAAUAAGCAUAAUUACGUUGAGGACACGAACAACAGAGAUUCAAUACUAACGAAUGUAACAGAGGAUCUAGAAGGUGAAUUGGAGGAAUCAUUGAAGGGACCGGAGGAAAAUACGAUACAUGAGCAACAUGAGGUACCUUUAAAACGUUCAGAUGUAACUUUUGAAGCGAGUCACCGUGAUUCUGAUUUUACGAAUGUAACAGGGAAACCAGAUAAUGAAUUGAUAGCGGCACUAGUGGAAAAGGAAGAUUCAAAAGAACAGAAACCAGAUAAUGAAUUGAUAGCGGCACUAGUGGAAAAGGAAGAUUCAAAAGAACAGAAACCAGAUAAUGAAUUGAUAGCGGCACUAGUGGAAAAGGAAGAUUCAAAAGAACAAGAGGUUAACAAUUAUUUACAAAACUUUAGUGAAACAGACUGGAGUUUCAUUGACAACUUGGCAACAAAUGCAACUAAAGAUUCCAAAAGAAAAUCCAGGUAUUCGAAAAUGUUUCUGGGUAAACGAAUUUCUAAUGCGGAUGAAAUGAAUCUUAUAGAUUUUGAUUCCGAUUAUGAAACAUUGCAAGAUGAGGCUAAAGGUUCGAAUGAUUUUAGUGAACAUUUAAUGGAUUAUAUUGACAAUUAUAAAGAGCAUAACUCCAAUCUAGAUAUACCGCUGCAACCAGAACAAUUUGUACGUCAAGAUAAAAGUGGGUCGGACGAUGUUGAAAUUUUGAAUCGAACUUCCGUUAUCAAUCAUAAUUUAGACGGAUCGAGUUUAUGA